UUCAGACUGAGAUGACUAAACUACAAAAACUUCUUCACCUAUUUUUUUUAUUCGAAUUUAUUACUACACAGUCAAUUGACAGAUUCCGUUUACCAAAAAUAAUUCGGCCAACUAAUUAUAACUUAAAGAUAAAUGUAAAUCCCGAAGAUACUCAUUUUACUGGUACAGUACAAAUUACUUUGAAAGUUUUAAAUGGCACAACGAACACGUUGUUUUUACACGCGGAUCAUGACUAUAUAAAAAUUGACAGCAUGCAGUUGAAUGGAACGAACUGCAAUUACUCCUUACAGCAUGAUGUUGCUUCGCAAAUAUUUCCGAUAAAAUGUCCAAUGGAAUUCAGGACUGAUCAAGAAUUAAUUAUAUUAUAUCGAGGAAAAUUUUCAAAUGAAAUGAACGGCUUCUAUAAAAGUACCUAUGAUGGUGGAGAAAUUUUAGUUGCAACCCAGUUUCAACCGGUGUAUGCUAGGAGAGCUUUUCCGUGCUUCGAUGAGCCGUCCUUUAAAGCUACUUUUGAAAUUACUGUAGAACAUCCCAAACUUUAUAAUGCCCUUGCUAACACUCCAUUGGAAACAUCAAUAACUAAUGGAAAAACAACUAUAACACAAUUCCAAAAGACACCCAUUAUGUCUACUUACCUGGUUGCAUUAGUUAUUUCCAAAAUGGAGCCCGCGAUAUCACGAGACCAAGAAUUUAAUGUGUUUGCUCGCGCUAGUGCUGCGCAAGACUUGGGAAUAGCAAAGACAUUUGGACAGAAACUAUUUGACAGUAUGAGUCAAUGGACAGGCAUCAGAUACGAUGAUUUAGGAAAUCCCCAGCAAUACUUGGUAGCUAUACCAGAUUUUGGGGCUGGUGCAAUGGAGAACUGGGGACUAAUAACUUUCAGAGAAGUGGAUUUGUUAGACGAUGGCAACAGAACAUCUAGUGCAUCAUUUCAGAAUAUUUUAAUGGUCAUUGGUCAUGAAAUAGCACACCAAUGGUUUGGAAAUUACAUUACUCUCGACUGGUGGUCAAAUAUUUGGCUCAACGAAGGUUUCGCUAAUUAUUUUGGAAAAGUCAUCAGUGAUAUGGUCAUGAAUGGAACUUUAGAACUCGAUAAACAAUCAGUGGUCGACGUUAUGCAAAAAACAUUAGAAAAAGAUGCAACAUCUACUUCAACUCCAUUGUCAACUCCCCAACAAUCCGUAAGAACAGCUCUCGAAAUUAUGUUAAACUUUAAUGAAGACCCUUAUCUCAAAGGUGAAAUAAUUGUAAGGAUGAUGAACCAUAUUUUAGGAGAAAAAAAAUUUAAGAAGGGAUUGCAGAACUAUUUAACAGAAAAUAAAUACAGAAAUGUAAACCCUAAAAAGCUUCUCAUUGCCUUACAAGAUGUAGCUGGAUCUGAACUAACUAAUUUUGAAAAGAAAAUGCACAAUUGGAUUUACGAACCUGGUUAUCCAUUAAUAUCAGUGUCCCAAAAAAAUUGCACAACCAUUACAAUUACUCAAGAAAGAUUUUGUACAAGCAAAAACUGUAGUUUAAAAUCCCAAUGGUAUGUUCCAAUUAGUUAUACUACAGAAAACUUAAAAGAUUUUUCUGUAAAAAUCAAAUAUUGGUUGGAGCCCAAUGAAACUUUGGAAAUUCAACACAAUAGCAACGAAUGGCUCAUUGUUAAUAUUCAAGAAAUUGGCUUCUAUAGAGUUAAUUAUGAUGAUUCAUUGUGGAACAAGCUGAUAGAAGCUUUAAAUUCGGAUGAUGAAAAAGAAUCGAUACAUCCUCUGAAUAGAGCACAAAUUAUUGACGAUAUAUUUCACGUAGCCAAAAGUGGGAAAAUUAGUUACGAAAAGGCUUUUGGUUUGGCACACUAUUUGAAAAAUGAAACUAAUUAUUAUCCGUGGACCUCAGCAUUACGAUCUUUUUCGUUCCUUCUUAAUAUAAUCGAUGAUGAUUACGAGAAACUGUUAAAAGAGUGGCAAUUAGAAUUGAUUACGAGUGCAUUCAUGGGUCAACUUGACUCACAUAAUUUAACACACAUUGGAACAUUAAAACAAACUUUAAUUUUUGAAUACACUUGUAAACUAGGACAAGAGAUAUGCCUUUCAUAUGCUUCAGAACAAUUUAAAGCAUUCAGGAAAUAUAACAGCCCAAUACCUGCUAAUAUGUAUUACCUGAUUUUGUGUUAUGGUUUGGCGAAUAGUGACGACAUGGAAGAAGAUUAUAAUUUUUUAAUGAAUGAAUUAACAAAGGCAACCUCAUCUGAAAAAAUAAAUAUAUUGGCAGCUUUAGGAUGUAUGAGAGAUGAUAAUUUACUUAAGGGGGAAGUAUUUUUUAAAUUGUAUUUAUUUGUUUUUCUAUACAGUCUUUUAAAUGUUUUUGUAAAAUAUUACUAAUUGCUAUCACAUCAAUCUUUAAAGUUACUUAAAUGUCUUUGACAGUAAUGUAGAGGUCCUCUUUAUUAAUGUUCCGAAUAAGAUCAAUAUAUUUUCUGUAACUAUGGUUUUUUGAACUCGAACACUGUAAUUUAAGGAAAGUCGACCACAUCGAAAUGCAUUGUACCACCGCUGUACAGUAGUAAAGGAAUACGACUUGUCACCAAGCAUUCGAUAGAUUUGCUCAAAACAGUCUUUACGGAUUAAGCCACGUUUGAGGUCGUAAAAAAAUUACAGCCCAAUAAUGCUCCUUGUUCAUUUCACUUAUUGGCGAAAGGAUUACUUUAAAUUUAUUAUGUAACUUAUAAUCAGGUAUAUUUGAAAACUGUUACUAACUAAACCUGUAAAGUUUGUUCCAACACAAUAGAAAAUCGGUUUACGUACUAUCGGGAUUCUGUGCAGUCUAGACUAUCCGCCCAUAAAAUUUUUUAGAGAUACAUGUUUUUUGCAAGAUACAAAAAAUGUUACAAAUAAAUACAGCUCUCCAUAAAAAAAUUGAAGUAACAGGGACGGCCUUCAA